CAGUCCACUCUCGCCCGCCGCACGAGGAGGAUCGCUCUCGCAUCCACCAUGCUCGUCUCGGCUCUCUUCGUCUUCCUCCUUCCCUUCGCCCUCGCCCACGAGUGGGAGAUGGGCUCGUGUCCCACGGACAUCCCGACCAUGAAGGGAUUCACCAUCAACGAGUUAAGAAACGGCCUUCAGCCUUCGGUUCCGCUUCCACGACUCUGUUUGCAGGAGGUGCCCCACCACAUCCCGCGAGCGAAUUUCACUCUCAUCGACCUUCAGCACCCAUACUAG